CAGGAACCAGGCGAAAAUUAGAAACGACCCCAGCUUCACCCUCUACACCUCAACUACCCAGGUGUCUGUGAAAAGUGAGAAACCUGUCAGGUACAGCAGCAAGACACCUGUGACUGUACACAAAACAGAUGUCAUCUGAGCCCUCAGACCACCAAACCAAACCCAGUAAGACAAAGGUUGAAAGCCCUGACCAUCACUGUCCAAUACAUAACAAGCCUCAUCCUCUUAAAAAGUGUCGCGGGUUUAGAUUCAAAACUCUAGAUGAGCGCAAAUCAUAUCUCAAAGAGAAUGGCAUUUGUUUCCGAUGUUGUGGGUCAACUCAGCACAGAGCUAAAGACUGUAAGGUGUCAAUCAAGUGCUCCGAGUGUGACAGCGACAGACAUCUUGCUGCUCUGCAUCCAGGUCCAGCUCCUUCAACGAUAGACACCGCUACAGCAGAGAAAGAGCAUGGCGGGGAGCAAGGUGAAGAUGCUCUUCUAUCAGUCACCUCAAAGUGUACCGAGAUCUGUGGUGAGGCAGCCAAUCCAAGAUCAUGUUCAAAAAUAUGCCUAGUCAAAGCUUAUCCAGCUGGGAAAAGAGAGAAAGCUGUCAAAAUGUAUGCAGUGCUUGAUGAACAGAGCAACAAAUCUCUGGCCAAGACAGAGUUUUUCAAUCUCUUCAACAUCAAUGACAACUCUGCUCCAUACACCAUGAAGACCUGUUCUGGGGUAACAGAGACUUCAGGCAGGAGAGCCGUCAACUUCAUGGUGGAGUCUAUAGACGGACACAAGCAGCUCACUCUCCCUACUCUGAUAGAGUGUGACAUGAUGCCAGACGAUAGAAUGGAGAUUCCCUCCCCAGACAUUGCGCAUUAUCAUCCCCAUCUGCAACCAGUGGCGGACAAAAUUCCAGCUGUGGACCCAGACGCUCCCAUCCUCCUGCUCUUAGGACGAGACAUCUUAAGGGUACACAAGGUACGAGAACAAAUCAAUGGGCCCCACGACACUCCUUAUGCACAGCGACUCGACCUCGGGUGGGUCAUCGUGGGUGAAGUUUGUCUGGGAACGGCUCACCGACCAGCUAGUGUUAACGUGUUCAGGACAAACAUACUUCAAAAUGGUCGCACGUCCUAUCUGAGCCCUUGCCCUGACAUCAUCCAGGUGAAAGAGAACUACAGCAGCGUAGCUCAGCAACACAUUUCUCUCUCUACAGGGCACUCGAGAGAUCCAAGCACAACUGUAAACACUGACAGCAAUCCAGCAGACCAUGCAACCAGGCCUAUACGAGCCGCACUCUUAAAGCACACCAAUUGGUUCUCAGGUCCCCCUUUUCUGGCUCAAGCAAACUCAAGUGAGUCUGAGACCAUCCAUUUUGACCUUGUAGAGCCUGACGCAGACGCAGAGAUUCGGCCAGACGUCACUGCCUUCGUCACUAAGGUUUCUGGAGCUCAAUUCGGCUCUCAUCGCUUUGAGAGGUUCUCGAACUGGAAAGCUCUCAAUCGAGCCACAGCACGACUCAUUCAUGUUGCCAGAUCCUUUCACGAAAGUGCGGACGACAACAACUGCAGAGGCUGGCAUCAGUGUAAAAAACCAUGCAGUACAAGUGAGUUGUCACAAGCCAAAACAGCAAUCAUUCACUGUGUGCAACAUGAAGCCUUCAAAGAGGAAUUCAAAUGCCUUGAGAAAGGAAAAGAGUUACCAAAACAAAGUACACUCAAAAAGCUGAACCCAGUGAUUGAUGAGGAUGGGUUGCUGAGGGUGGGAGGCCGAUUAUCCUCUGCCGACCUGUCACAAGACGAAAAACAUCCUCUCAUCAUCCCACGGACGCAUCAUGUCGCCACUCUGCUGGUAAGACAUUAUCACGAGCAAGUGGCUCACCAGGGCCGUCAUUUUUCAGAUGGAGCUAUUCGAGCAGCAGGCUUCUGGAUUAUUGGGAGCAAACAUCUGGUCUCUGGUAUCAUCCACAAGUGUGUCACCUGCCGUAAGGUUAGAGGAAAGUCAGUUGACCAAAAGAUGGCGGACUUACCUGCAGACAGACUCACAUCAGAGCCACCAUUCACCAGUGUUGGACUUGAUGUGUUUGGACCAUGGAAUGUCAUAACUCGUCGCACUAGAGGUGGUAGUGCAGACUCCAAGCGCUGGGCGGUACUCUUUACAUGUAUGUCUACUAGAGCAGUCCAUAUUGAGCUCAUCGAAUCCAUGUCCACAUCCAGCUUCAUCAACGCGCUGAGGCGUUUUUUCUCUAUCCGCGGUCCAGCAAAAGUGCUACGAUCUGAUCGAGGUACAAACUUUAUAGGUGCCUGCAGGGAACUGGGGAUCGACACAAAUGACUCAGAGUUGACUAAAUACCUCUCAGACAAGGGAUGUACUUGGAUAUUUAAUCCCCCACACUCGUCUCAUAUGGGUGGUUCUUGGGAGAGACUCAUUGGGGUUGCCAGACGUAUCCUUGAUGCUAUGCUGUUUCAGACGGGCUCCACUCGUCUCACACAUGAGGUCUUGAGCACUCUUAUGUCUGAAGUUAUGGCAAUAAUCAAUGCGAGACCCCUAGUGUCAGUGUCAACCGAUCCUGACAUGCCUGCCAUUCUUACACCCUCAAUGUUACUGACACAAAAGACCAACGCUACCUCAGCCCCUUCUGGAUAUUUCCACAUGAACGAUCUUCAUGGAAAACAGUGGAAGCAAGUCCAGUGUCUCGCUGACACUUUCUGGAAAAGGUGGAGACAGGAGUACCUGACAACACUGCAGAGACGCAGAAAAUGGACAGCAGAAAAGCCAAAUGUGAAAGUGGGAGAUGUUGUCUUAUUGAAAGACAGUCAGACGCACAGAAAUGACUGGCCAGUCGGACUUGUGGUCAAAACCUUUCCCAGUACUGACGGAAAGGUCAGGAAAGUAGAACUAAAGGUUGUCAAGCAAGGGAUUGCUAAGGUGUUUCUGAGACCAAUCUCAGAGAUUGUUGUUCUUCUUUCUGAAGCAUCCUAGAGGCAAAAUAUUUGAUUUCAUAGUGGCACAAUCUCAUUAUACCAGGCGGGGAGUGUGCUGCCAUCUUGUUAGAAGGUAUCAGAUUUAUUUUAUUAUAGUGAUUAAGAGUGACUUUCAUUGUGUUCC